ACUCAUGCACUCGCCUACGCACGCAAAUACGCAAUAGGCAUCCCUGGGCAGGUCGGCAGCGCGCGUCAUUCCAGCUCCAGCCCCCAAACCCUCCAAACCCCCAAAAUCCCAAACCCACCCAAGAAACCAAAGCCCGCAUAAGGGGAAGCGAUGCAGCAGCCGAUGCCCAUGCAGCCGCAGGCGCCCGCCAUGACCCCGGCGGCCGGAAUCACCACAGAGCAGAUCCAGAAGUAUCUGGAUGAGAAUAAACAACUUAUUGUGGCUAUUUUGGAAAAUCAAAACCUGGGAAAGUUGGCAGAAUGUGCUCAGUAUCAAGCCCAGCUUCAGAAGAACCUCCUGUAUCUGGCUGCAAUUGCAGACAAUCAACCACAGACUGCUGCAAGCCGCCCUCAGAUGGUGCCACCUGGUGCAUCGCCGGGGGUAGGGCAGUACAUGUCACAGGUGCCUAUGUUCCCCCCAAGGACACCUCUAACACCGCAGCAGAUGCAGGAGCAGCAACUGCAGCAGCAGCAGCAGCAGCAGGCUCAGUUGCUAAAUUUCACUGGUCAAAUGGUUGUGAGACCUGGCAUGGUCAAUGGCAUUCCUCAGCCCCUGCAAUUUCAACAAACUCAUGCAGCUAAUCCCCAGCCAGCAGCAGCAGUAAGCAAGCAAGAUGCGGGUGGCGCCACCUCGGAGCCUUCUGGCACUGAGAACCACAGGAGCACCGGCGCUGAUAAUGAUGGUGGAAGCGACUAGCCUGAGAAGUCCUAAGGAACUUACAAGCUAGCCUUUUAGGUCGAAAAAUGAAUGUAUACUGCCGAUGGACGAAGAGAGGAUCAAUCAUUCCUGUGCCCUUCAAUGAUAAGUGGCCGCAGUCUUCGCAUGGAUGAUGUUCGGUAGUUGUUACAUUUACCUCUUCUUUCAUGUAGAACCCUGUAACAUUUGUUUGCUUGUUUCCAAGCUGCACUUGUUGUAGGCUUGUAGCCAUUGGCCACAGGCAAUAUGGUCUUCAGGAGCUGGAUUCAGUUAUGAAUUAGACAAACUUUGAUCUCUGCAAAUCGAAAAUGGUCUGAGCUCUCA